AUGGUAGAGGGGCUUGAAGCCAAGGCGCUUGGCCGGUUUGAUGCGCUUGUUGAGAAGGGCGAUGUGAUAUACUCUCAUCGCGACCCAGUCCACGUACCGGCUAAGCCAUACAAUCUGCAAAAUCCGCACCCAAGAGAUCAGCUUCAGUUCCGCAUCGCAUCAAGUCUGACGAAGAAACCGCAAAUUCCUAUAAAAGAUGCAGAGAAGAAGCCGCCGGUCAAUAAAGCCAGCCCGUUCGCCAACGACCCGCCGGAGUUCGUUAUCGAACAUGUUGGUGCUGAGCAUACGCUACGCCUGAAUAAGUUUUGUGUCGUCCGGCCACAGUUUAUCUUGCAUUCGAACGAGUUUAAACCUCAAAUUGAGCCCCUCUCUGCGGUGGAUUUGGCAGCCGGAUGGAGCGUGCUGACCAGACUGGAAAGCGAGUAUAUACUUAUAUAUAAUGGAGGCUUGCAGGGCGGUUGGUCUCUGCCACAUCGGCAUAUGCAGCUCCUUCCACGUCCACCGAGAGAUGGCCAUAACUUGUUCCCAGAUAUAUAUGGCAUUGAGAACGGCCGAGUUCCUAAUAUUCCAUUUAAGCAUGCCAUUCGAAGACUUCCCGCGUCAGCAACAGAGGAAGAAGUUUACUCGACCUAUACAGAUCUCUUGGAUAUCGCUGGUGUCGACGAGAAUGAUUAUUCGCAUAACCUGGUUUUAGUCAAGGACUGGAUGAUGAUAAUACCACGGUCUCGCGCAAGUCAGGAAGGUAUCAAGAUUGUGAAUGCGGCAGCCAUGGUAGGUAUGAUCUGGAUACCUUCAGAUGAGGUGCUGGAUCUCUGGUUGCAAAUGGACAACCCGAUGGAAACCCUUACCAGGUACGGUAAACCGUGGUAG